GCAGGUCCGCGGGGAGGGGCGGCCUGCCGCAGGGCCCACCCCGGGGCGUUCCUGAAGGGCGCCCUCGGCGGCCCCGCCGCCCCCCAGAUGUACUAUGCGGUUUCCCAGGCGCGCGUGAACGCGGCCCCCGCGACCAUGCUGCGGCCACAGCGGCCCGGAGACGUGCAGCUCGGGGCGUCCCUGUACGAGCUGGUGGGCUACCGGCAGCCGCCCUCCUCCACGUCCUCCGCCUCCUGCUCUCCCGCGGCGCCCCUCCUCCCCAAGGCGGCGCGCGAGAAGCCGGAGGCCACCGCCGAGCCGCCGGGCUCGGGACCCGGGUCCGGCGCGCACGCGGGCGGCGGCUCCCGGGCAGACGCCAAAGAAGAGCAGCAACAGCAGCUGCGGCGCAAGAUCAACAGCCGCGAGCGGAAGCGCAUGCAGGACCUGAACCUCGCCAUGGACGCGCUGCGCGAGGUCAUCCUGCCCUACUCGGCGGCGCACUGCCAGGGCGCGCCGGGCCGCAAGCUCUCCAAGAUCGCCACGCUGCUGCUCGCCCGCAACUACAUCCUGCUGCUGGGCAGCUCGCUGCAGGAGCUGCGCCGCGCGCUGGGCGAGGGCGCCGGGCCCGCCGCGCCGCGCCUGCUGCUGGCCGGCCUGCCCCUGCUCGCCGCCGCGCCGGGCUCCGUGCUGCUGGCCCCGGGCGCCGUGGGGCCGCCCGACGCGCUGCGCCCCGCCAAGUACCUGUCGCUGGCGCUCGACGAGCCUCCGUGCGGCCAGUUCGCGCUCCCGGGUGGCGCCGCGGGCGGCGGCGCGGGCGGCCCGGGCCUCUGCACCUGCGCCGUCUGCAAGUUCCCGCACCUCGUCCCGGCCGGCCUGAGCCUGGCGGCCGUGCAGGCGCAGUUCACCAAGUGAGACCCGGCCCGGGCUCGGGGCGCCACCUCGGCCCGGCCACUCGCGCCCCCGAGCCCUGCGCCCGGGGAGAGCCGGACCGAGCCAGGAGCGCAUUUCGAACCUUUUCAUCCAGAAGAAGGGACUGUCGCGCGUGCCCUUCCCGGCCCCCACCGCGGGGACGUCGGUGACCCAAGCGGAUGUUGG